AUGGCAGACAAAGAUCACGAUGCCAUAACCGCUCACAUCGAAAAGGCCCUGAACAGCACCGACGACGCUGCCGAGCGAGGCCGUCUCAUCCAAGAAGAGGAGCGCCAGCUGAGUCUCUGGGCUACAAUAAAACUACAUCCCCGUGCAGUGCUAGCCUGUAUCGUGGCAUUCACGGCCGGCAUGAUGUUCGGUUAUGAUCAGAUAUGCAACGGCUCUACUAUUGCGAUGCCUUCGUUCCUUUUGUACUUUGGCAAUACCGGGCCAUCUGGGCUAUAUCUCCCCUCUGUAUGGACCUCGCUGUGGACGUCGAUGACAUCCUUACUGCAGGCACUCGGGGCUAUCUCUGUGGGAAUGGUAUCUGAUAGAUUUGGUCGAAAGUGGCCUGGGGUUAUUGCUGGGAUUAUAUCGCUUGCCGGGACUGCUGUUAUCUAUUACGCGAAGAGCAGAGGGGCCUUACUGGCAGGGAAGAUGGUCUGCGGAUUGGCUCUCGGAGCCGGGAUGGCUAUUGGAACGACAUAUGCGUCGGAGGUUGCACCUCUGAAACUUCGCAGUCCUAUUCAAACGGUUCUCGUGCUCUUUAUUGUCUUCAUGCAGGGGCUGGCACUUGGGGUUGUGAGGAUCUUCGUCCCUAACAUGGAUGAACAGGCCUUCCGAAAUGUUUUCGCUAUACAGUGGGCUGUUGGGGGUAUCUUUGCGAUUGCCUGCUUUCUGGCCCCUGAGUCUCCGAUCUUUCUCAUAAAUGCCGGCCGCACAGACGAAGCAAAGAAAGUUAUGGAGAAGCUCUACGGCUCCAGAUUCAGCAUCGAUGACCGACUUGCAUACCUAGUCAAGACAAUCUCCGAAGAACAGGAACAGCAGAGAGUCUCUGCAGGCUCGUACCUGGACUGCUUCAAAGGGACCAACCUCAAGCGAACCCUCACCGUGAUGUUCCUCUACAGCACCGCGAACCUCGGUGGUGCUGCCUUUCUCUCGCAGUCAAUUUACUUUCUCCUUACGCUUGGACUGCCCGCUGUGCACGUAUUCGAUAUCUCCAUCGGAGGCUUUGCGCUGGCUAUUAUCAUUAUCAUUUUGACCGGUGUCGUAGGCAAGUUCCUAAGUAGACGGACUAUGCUCCUCGCUGGGUGUCUGAUAAACCUCGUCUUCCUCCUCGUUAUUGGCUGUCUCUACUACGCUCCGGGCAUGGACCCAGCCUGGGCCGUAGCAGUCUUAAUGAACAUCCUCAUCUCAUUCCAAACCAGCCUAAUGCAAGCCGUCGGCUGGCCCAUCGCGGCCGAAAUCUCCAGCUACCGACUCCGCAUCAAGUCGCUGUCCAUCGGCGUGUUCGCGCAGACGCUCUCGACCUGGGUGAUGACCUUUACAGUGCCGUACAUGUACAACGUGGACUCGGGGAACCUGGGCGCGCGCACCGCGUUCCCGUUUGCUGGGAUUACGGUACUGCUGGUGCUCGGGGCUUACUUGCUUGUUCCCGAUACGACGGGCUUGACGACGGAGGAGAUUGAUCGGUUGUAUGAGGAUAAGGUUUCUGUGAGGAGAUUUGGGGGGUAUGUGCGGGGGUAG